GGCAAAGGUGGGAGAGGGGGACACGUGUUUAAGAAGCAGCAUCAUGGUGAGCAAGCAGAUUGCCAGGUCAUCAACCAAUUCAGUACGUGUCACAAACCCAGUUCACCCACUAACCCCACAGCACAAAUUCUUUUACAAAAGACGAGGCUGUCUCAUACACAACAAACUCCAAACCAAAAGGCCAAUAGGAAGAGAAUUAAGGAAAAGGAAUUAAGAAAAGAAAAUGGUACGGUCUCUGGAGCCACUGGUGGUUGGGAGAGUGAUCGGAGAUGUGUUGGACAUGUUCACUCCGGCCGCCGAUUUGUCCGUCACUUAUGCCUCUAAACAGGUCGCUAACGGUUGCGAAAUCAAGCCCUCUGCCGCUGCUGAUGCCCCCACUGUUGAUAUUCAAGGCCCCAUCUCCAACAACGACCUUUAUGCUCUGGUCAUGGUGGAUCCUGAUGCUCCGAGCCCUAGUGAGCCAACGUUCAGAGAGUGGCUUCACUGGAUUGUCGUGGACAUUCCAGAAGGAUCUGAUGCCAAUAAAGGGAAGGAGGUGGUGCAGUACAUGGGGCCACAGCCGCCAACAGGAAUUCACCGGUAUGUAUUAGCAGUUUUCAAGCAGAACAGGGCAAUCGGCGGCAGCCUCCGACCACCGAACACUCGCAGCAACUUCAGCACCCGACAAUUUGCUUCUCAGAAUGCACUCGGGCUUCCUGUCGCCGCCGUGUACUUCAAUUCCCAGAAGCAACCCGCAGCCAAGAAACGCUGAAAUUUCCAGUGGACACUUUGUAUGUGUUAAUUCCAUACACCACAAACUUCUUUGUUUAGCAAAUUUAGGCGUUUCCUGUGUUCCUUGAAUGCAUAGAAUAAUAAAGGCUUUGGCCCCUGUUUCUGUUGUGUUUAAACAGAGUAGUAGUAUUUGGGCAACGUUUUGAAUGGUAA